UAGCUUAGGUGCAGAAACCACCAGCUCCCCACUGAAAUCUCAGGAGCUCAGGCAGAGCACACCUUGAACUUGGCUCUCACUCACCCCUCCAGUCAGCCAGACCCAGGCAGUAGACAAAUUUGGAUAAUGGAGCCAGGCCAGAGCCAGAUUAAAAAUGACCUCAGGUUUUCACCCAGUCUUUUCGAGGUGCUGACAACCAACUACAGUGUUCCAGUAGAGUGCUUUUCCCAUCCUCCCACAGCAGCCCAGCUCCUGACUAAGUUGAACUUUGUGGAGCUGGUUAUCACAGGGAUCCUGACCCUGUUCACUGUGAUCUCUGUCGUCAUCUACCUGGAGGAUGCCACUUACCUGUACAAGAAUAUACGGUGCCCCAUCAAAAGGAAGACUCUGAUUUGGAGCAGUUCUGCUCCAACGGUAGUGUCUAUAUUUUGCUGCUGUGGGAUCUGGAUCCCCCGCUCCCUGAUGCUGGUGGAGAUGGCUGUCACCUCGUAUUUUGCCAUUUGCUUUUACUUGAUGAUGAUGGUCAUGGUGGAAGGCUUUGGUGGGAAAGAAGCAGUGCUGAGGACGCUGAAGGACACCCCAAUGAUAGUCCAUACUGGCCCUUGCUGCUGUUGCUGCCCCUGCUGUCCCCGCCUCAUUCUUACCAAGAGGAAGCUGCAGGUGCUGAUGUUGGCCCCAUUCCAGUACGUGUUCUUCAAAAUGGUCUUUGUUUUGUUGGGCCUGCUGCUGAUACCUGAUGGCAUCUACAAUCCAGCAGAUAUUUCUGCAGAGAGCACAGCUCUAUGGAUGAACACUCUCCUCGGAGUGUCGACUUUACUGGCACUCUGGGCCCUGGGCAUCAUUUUCCGCCAGGCCAGGUUACACCUUGGCGCUCAGAACAUAGGAGGCAAAUUUGCUAUCUUUCAGGUGCUCGUUGUAUUUACUGCACUGCAGCCCUCUAUCUUCUCAAUAUUGGCCAGUGUUGGCCAGAUUGCUUGUUCUCCACCUUUUUCCUCUAAAAUUAGGUCCCAAGUGAUGAACUGCCACCUUCUGGUAAUAGAGACCUCUCUGAUGACUGUACUGACAAGAAUAUACUAUCGGAAGCGAGACGAUAAGAUGGGAUUUGAGCCUUUAUCUUUUCUGGACCCAUCCUCUGAAACUGACAAUUAAAUGAAGACAGACUGGCUCCCCCCAAAGAUGGCUGGAGCCACCAAAAAUGCAUUAGUCCAGAUAUGACAAGAGCAAGGAUAUUCUCAUUGUCAUUAUGCAGGCUGCAAAUAACUAUCGAAAUUAAGUUGAAUUAUUUUAACAUGAUAAAGUGCUGGUGGGGUUAAGAAAGAAAAGAUUUUAUUUUAUAAAAAAAAAUUAAAUG